UGCUGCCACGACGGAUGAGGAGCGCCAGCACCUGCAGGAGGUGGGGCUGUCCCACCUGGGGGAGUUUGUCAAUGUCUUCUGCCACGGCUCCCUGGUGAUGCAGAACCUGGGGGAGACAUCCACCCCCACACAGGGCUCCGUGCUCUUUGGCACUGUCAACGGCAUGAUUGGGCUGGUGACCUCGCUGUCAGAGAGCUGGUACAACCUCCUCCUGGACGUGCAGAACAGGCUGAAUAAAGUCAUCAAGAGCGUGGGCAAGAUUGAACACUCCUUCUGGAGAUCCUUCCACACCGAGCGCAAGACGGAGCCGGCCACGGGGUUCAUCGAUGGGGACCUCAUUGAAAGCUUCCUGGACAUCAGCAGGCCCAAGAUGCAGGAGGUGGUGCAGAACUUGCAGAUCGACGACGGCAGCGGCAUGAAGAGAGAGGCCACCGUGGAUGACCUCAUCAAGAUCGUGGAGGAGCUGACCAGGAUCCAUUAG